GUUUUACUAUAAUUGAUGUUCAUAUCGACUGCUUAAACCCGAUCUGCUCACGGUGUUUGUGCGACUCAUCUAUAUAACAACACCAAAUAUCUCAUUCGCUGUCCACAAACUUAUUCACGGUACCGUGGGCGUUGAACCGUAGCCAUGGCGUCUGGUCCGCAUACCUUUGUUACCUUGGUGGUCUUCUCACCCGAGAAGUUUCAAGGAAACCCAUUGGCGAUCGUCUCCGUGCGAGGGAAUGCCCUGAGCCAGAGUCGCAAAUCCCUUAUUGCCAAAGAAUUCAAGUACUCAGAGACAGUCUUCCUCCAUGAUGCGCCUGGUCCGGGUCAACCGCGACUCUGUGAGAUCUUCACCGAGACAGGUGAGGAGAUACCAUUUGCCGGGCAUCCGAUUAUUGGUGUCGCACAUUAUAUCUUCAGCUUCUUGGAGAAGGUAAACUAUGGAGGGCCCCAAGACCGGGAUACCCAGCGUCAAACGGCAGUCCUUCAAACCAAAGCAGGAAAGAUUCCCAUCUUCUUCAAUCCGUAUCGACAAGUCGCAGCCUGCGCAGUGCCUUUCGAUAUCCAUGAGCACUCUCGUCAAGUGCCUAUGAACAGUAUCAUCGCGACGCAACCUCAAGUCCAGAUUGUACCAACCAUCGACAAAGUCAAGAACAAGUCGUUCCCCUUGGUAUCGAUAGUCAAGGGCAUGACUUUUGUCCUCGUUGAUUUGACCGAUAGUCCUGAAGUCUUCGCGGCUCUCGAACCCGCAAAGUCGCCAGACGUCGAGCUAGACUCGGAGUGGUCUCCGAGCUUCGUUGGCUGCCUCUACUACAAAGUCUUGGCCAAAUCAGAAAAGGAAGGGGAACCCACCAUUCACAACAUCCAAGCUCGAAUGAUCUCACACGGGAUCGAAGACCCUGGCACUGGAAGCGCUUGUUGUACCUUGAGCUGUUACCUGGCAUUGCAUUCCUCAGACGGACCUGCCAAACCAGAUACGUCAGAGCCGGAGGCAGAGCUGACAAAAAAGACAGAGGACCUGAAGUUGGCAGAAAAGACAGAAAGGAAAGUGUUUGGAAUUCAGCAGGGCGUCGAGAUGGGCCGGCUUUGCACCAUCGCUGUAGAGGUUGACGUCAAGACGGACGAGCAGGGCAAGUCGAGUAUUACAAAUGUGAUACUCAGUGGAAGGGCCAAUGUCCAUCUCAAAGGUGAGAUCUUUGGCACGUAGUCAUGGUCCCCUGAGGAGGAAAAGGCCAGAAACAAGCUUUUUCCGCACGGAUAGACCGAUACCGAAGCUUCAUCUUGGCCGGAGGUAGCCAAAUCCGAAAGCAACCAAACCCACCCCCUUAUGUUGAAUAAUCAUGGCCGCUAUGGACUAGAGUCAAUCGGCAAAGCCUAACUUUAUCGUCAAACUUGCGCCAGACCUCGUGAGUGAAUCAGGAAGAAAAUACGCGAGGCCUGGUUGGUCCCCAAAACAUUGCAGGGUAGAGAAAGGGGUGGUGACUUGAGCCGUCUUUCUGCCCUGAGCCCGACGUCUCCUGCUUCAUGUUGAGUCCGGGCCAGGAUGCAAUCGGUUAUCUGGCGGAGAAAAAGCUUGGUGAAGCUUGACUGCUACCAAGACACGGAGGCUCCCAGGGGGAUCGUCGCACAAAGUAUGCUAGAACGAUUUCCAGGGGGGCCAUCAUUGUCUGGUCCAUGUGGGAGCCACAAGGCCACCAGUGGUGAUCGUUUAUCUUUGGAAUGUUGGCGACUGUGACGGUGAAGCAAGAGAGGGGCGAUCGAGCUGGGGAAGGAGGG